AUGCAGUCUCUGCUACCGCUGUUCCUGAGGCCGGCGGCGCGGUUCUUGGGGCCGUUCCUGGCAGGCCGGCCGGCGGAGGCGGCGGCCACGAUGCUGCACCGCGCCGGCGUGCUCCCGAGGAACAGGGCGCUGGAGCGGCUCGUGAGGGACGACGGCGGCGCCGAGGACUGCAUCGCGCGUCUCGUCGUCAGCGUGGUGAGCUGCCUCUGCUAGAUGGCCAGUUGAUACACUGGUUUGGGGAUUGAAGUUCUCCACUACUACUACAGGUUUAGGUUUAGCAUGAACUAAGUUUCUUGCAGAUUAAUGCAACUUCAUUAGUUAACAGUGACCAACGCCUUUU